ACUUUCACUUUCGGUUUGUGUGUUUUUAACUUCGUCUGGAAUCAACGAGAGAUCAGGAAGUGUUUCUGAUUUCUGUAAAGACUCCGGAACUUCACACAGACUCUCCAAUCAACAACAACAACAACAACAACAACAACAAUAAUAACAAUAAUAAUGGCCCAGGCUCUGCUGAGAGAUAAGGACCAGUACAACUGCUCGGUGUGUUUGGAGCUGAUGGUGCAGCCUGUGACGAUCCCCUGUGGACACUCUUACUGCAUGAGCUGUAUUAAAGACUACUGGACACUGGAUAAUUUCAGUAAGUCUCGCUGUCCUCAGUGCAGGCAGGAAUUCUCCACAACACCCGCCCUGAACAAGAACACCAUGCUGGCGGAAAUCCUGGAGAAGCUGAGGAGCACCAAGCUGGACGGUUCUCCUGCUCGGUGCACCGCUCAGCCCGGAGAGGUGGCGUGUGACUUCUGUACGACUGUAAAGCUCAAAGCGGUGAAGUCGUGCCUGGAGUGUCUGGCGUCCUACUGCGAGAUGCACAUCCAGCCUCACCACGACUUCCCUGCCCUCCAGAGACACAAGCUGGUCGACGCCACCAUCAUUCCCAUGUGUCCCAAGCACGACAAACUGCUGGAGGUGUUCUGUCGCUUCGACAACUCCUGCAUCUGUAUGAGCUGUUUGAUGGACGAGCACAAAGGCCACGACACGGUUUUAACUGCGGUGGAAAGAGACAAGAAACAGGUCACACUUCAGGCUAAUAAACAUAAAUUUGUGGAGAAACGCAAAGCGACAGAGAAAGAGCUCGACGAGUUGAGGAAACUCAACGCCGCUCAUGCACGGUCCAUGGAGCAAUCAGUGGAAGACACAGCACUAGCCUUUAGGUCGCUAAUCACUACCCUUGAGAAAAGCUGCAAUGAGAUGGAGAACAGGAUCAGAGAUCAGGAGGAGAUCUACAACGAUCGAGCUGCAGAUCUUCAGGAGCAGCUGGAGAUCGAAAUCGCCAUGCUGAUGGGACAGGAAGACGUCAUGGACAAGCUUUUACAGACGGAGGAUAACGUCUACUUCCUUCAGAACUUUGAGAGCAUGCCCCGCCCCCCCGGAGCUGAAGCUCCGCCCCGUCAGACUGUAGAGCCAGUUGUCUCUUUAAGUGAAAUGAGCAACUUGCUUUCUGAGUUUAAAGCAAAACUGGAAAGUUUCUGCAAGCAGGAAAUUGACAAUAUGUUUACAAAAUUCCAAAUCAAGGUUGGUGACAGAGUUCGAGUGAAACCUUCUGUGAAGACUCCUAAAUAUAACUGGGGCUGCACCGUCACACACCGGAGUGUCGGCGUCAUCAAAUCCGUGACUGAUGAAACUGUGGUCGUGGACUUCCCCGAACAUAAAAACUGGAAGGGUCUCCUGUCUGAGAUGGAGCGCGUCACUGCUGCUGAUGUCUCAGAAGUUCCUGCUCAGCAGACCAAGAUUAAAGUUGGAGACCGAGUCCGAGUGAAGUCAUCAGUUAACAGCCCAAAACGCAGCUGGGGAAGAGUGACGCACGAAAGUGUGGGCGUGGUCAAGAGUCUUUCUGGGGAAGAAAUGACCGUGGACUUCCCGGAACAUCUCGACUGGAUUGGGCUCGCUUACGAGAUGGAACUUGUGUCUUAAGCCCUUGAGAGUCGUAAUUAUUUAAAUUUUACAAUUAUAUUUAAUUGACCUGUCAAAAUAAGUUAAUAAUAAAAAUCUGAUGUGGUGUGUAAAAAAAACAAUGAGAUGUUUCUAUGACUAAAUUCUAGAAAACUAGAAAAGCACAAAUCACAAAUAAUGUUUUUUUUUUUUUCCCAAAUAACAAUCAAUGAAAUCUCUCGGCUAAAAAAAAAUAAAUACAGUGUACUGAACAUGGAAAUAAAGAAAUAAAUUUUUUAAUGAAAAUAAUAUUUUUUACAUUUAAUAAUACAUCAGAUUAAUUAAAAAAUAUUUUCAAAACAUUCUUUACAGAUAAAAACUUUUGUCCUGCUACAGGAAUGAAAAAACAAACAAACAAACAGAAGCUUCUUUAUUGAUUUUUAAAUAAUUUGUUGUUUGCGCAGAUUUCCCUGCCUUUGAUCCAUCGUCAAAAAAUAGGAGCUACUUACUCUCUCAUGUUCUUGAUGGCAUAAAUGU